CUUAAUUGUCAAUUAAUUGUAGAGAAAAUUGUAAAUCUUUAUUAUCCAAUUGAUUUUCUGUAAAGUCCUUAGAUUUAUCCAAAAAGGGAAAUUGAAAUUGUUAGUGUCGUAUAAAAUGUUUAAUUAGGUAUCAGAUCACUCCGUCACAAAUUAUAUCCUGCACUACUUGUCAUAAAUUUCAAGUCAUCAGUUUUAUAUUUUUCAACAUUUUGAAGUUUUGUCAAUUGGUUUUAUUCAUAAUGAAAAUAAACUUGUGUGUAAAUAUCUACAUUUAAGUGCGUAUAUGUUAUUUAUAAGUUUGAAUACACAUUUGCUCCAAAACGAACUUUGGCAAUGAAUGAAGAGGACCAUUAUUGCCAUGGUGGUCCGCUUGGAAAUAGAAAUAUGAAAAGUUAUCCAGAUUACUGUAGAACUAUUACAAUUAGAGAUUCUAAUGGUUCUAUUAAAGAAUUGGUAUUUCCGAAGGCUUUAGACUUGGACCGCCCAAAGAGAGCUAGAACAACAUUUUCCCCAGAACAAUUAUAUCAUCUCGAAAGAGAGUUCCAACGAAAUCAAUAUAUGGUUGGUAAAGAACGAAGUCAGCUAGCAAGAGAACUUGGGCUAUCAGAAACACAGGUAAAAGUAUGGUUCCAAAAUAGACGAACGAAAUAUAAACGAGAUGUAUCACGAGAAGCGGAAGUUAAAGAUGCGCGCUCAGAGAGUAUGGCAGCAUGUAAUAUAAUGAAACUUUUACAACCUCCACUAAACCAAGUUCAGUUGACACUACCGCCUUAUAUGCUACCUUAUCCGACAUUUGCUCAUGGCCAUGCGGGCACGUAGAACAACUUAGUUAAUUGAGUAAAAACGAGUUUGUAAGACGGAGCAUAUUCAUUAUUGUUACAAAGGUAUUGGGAAAUUGGAAUACCAAUUCACAUUACUUGCUUAUCAUUUAUAAGCUCGUGCUGUUAGAGAUUCCAUGUACAAAAGACUUUGAAAAAAUUUUGCGGAUCUUUAUCUGUACUGAGCAUGAAAACCAUAUAUUGCAGAAUACUAUAUAUGGACUUGUGUUCUUGAGUAACUUGUGACGUCUACGCACUGCAGAAGAAAUUAUUUAAUUUAUUGGUUUCUAUCAUUCUGAUAUGAAUAAAUACAUGUAUAUAUAUAUUGUAAAUACCAAAUAUCUUAUACUGCAUAAAUAAUGUUUCUGUCAAUUCAUAGAGAGAAGCUAUCGUUCAUAUCAACAUAGUAUUCAAAGCAUGAUGCGAAGAAAACAGUACUGCAGAUACUAUUUUAUCUGUGAAGUUAGAUAUAUACAUGUUUAUUCAUUUUAAGCAAAUGUUAAUUUUACAGCAAUUGAUUAGUUUUUUAAGUCAUGAAAAGCCUAGGUGUAUGUCCUUGUCUCAUUUCUACAUAAAGAGGGGACAACUGCUUAGUAAAAUAACGUUUUGAAAUAUGAUUUAGAAUGGUUUAAAUUUAAAUUUAUAAUGAGUCUUCGGAAUGAUGUAUGAAUCGUUCAUUUGGAAAUUAUUUCCUUUAUCUGGUAUCGAUCGCUUAUGUUUCUUAUAUUAUAUUUUUGUUCUGGCAUAACUUGCGUCGGAAUUAAACAUCCAUCAAAAGCAUAGCAAAUGCUGUAUAACUCCAAUAAGCCAGAUUUGUUUUUUUCAUAAAAACUUGCAACAAUAAAUGUUUGGGACUUUAAUUUUUGUGAUUAAAGCGUAUACAAUUAACUCCUAUAACUUUGAAAAUCCAAGAUAGAUGGAAAUAUAUUUGAGUUAAGGGUUAAUUUGGCACAAACCCUAUGAGUAUUAUAAUUAUUUAUCAAAAAUAACAUUCUUCCCAAAAACCAAUAAAAUUCUAUUAGAAGUAAUUUUAUGUAUUGUUAGCAAGAAGCAAAAUAAUUCACACUCGUCUGGUAACAAUGUUAAUAAUAAGCUUGUGCUGUUAUAGAUCCCAAGUACACUUUAGUAGACUUUGAGGGAUCUCUAUCUAUAGCAUGAAAACUAUUAUCAGCAGAAUACUAUAUAUGGACUUGUGUUCUUGAGUUGAUUGUCUACGCACUACCAAGGAAUUGUAUAUUUAAAUAUACAAUUCCUUGGCACUACAGAGGAACACGAUUCGUACAACAUUCCAAAGACUCAUUUUAGAUUUAAACCUUUCUAAAUCAUAUUUCAAAAUGUUAUUUCACUAAGCAGUUUUCCCCUCUUUAAUGUUAUAAUGUUUGUCUAGAGAUGAAGUAAUCAAACUCUAUGAAAAGGGUCAGUUUGUCAAAAUUUUGAUAAAAAAGAAAAUGUGAAAUUUUACAUAUGUCAGCAAAAUUGGAAAGUUCUAUAUAAGUAUAACCGAAAAAGACCUAGACAAAUCUUUGCAUGAGGGAGUUGUACCCUUAGUAAAUGAGUGUCUUUAUAAUUUAAAAAAUAAGCAGACAUUUUAUGAUUGGUUUGUUUUAAAUUAUGUCAUUACCAAAGUUCUGAAUAUUGAGCCGAUGGCACCCUUGGGGUUGAUAGUCCACUAUAUAUAGUAGAGGUAUAAACCCCGUGCUCUAAGAAAAUGCAUAUAACACGUUAGAAGUAUUGAGAGUCCUAGCACUUUUCGGAAUUGAUUGUAUUGACCUUCACCUUAAACUCUCACAACCGAAUAUUUCAA